AAAUAAUUUUUCUUUUUCCAGAGCUGUACUUUAGUAGGUACCUAGGAUGGCAUUUGGAAGCCGAAUGGAUGGUUGUGGAAAUUUUAUGAAAUAUGGAUUGUUUAUUAUUAAUCUCAUAAUUUUCAUUGGAGCUGUUGUGAUAGUGGGACUAACAAUUUGGACAAUUGUCGACAAAUCAUUCGCCAAUGAGCUACUUGGGACAAAUUUGUAUUCUGGAGCUAUUUAUGUGUUACUAAUUACAGGAAUUUUAAUAUCUCUUGUAUCCUGUUUUGGGUGUUUUGGGGCUAUUAAAGAAGUGAGAUGCAUGUUAAUGACGUAUUUCAUUGUGAUUUUCAUCGUUUUUGUAACAAUGCUACUUGGGGGGAUUCUGGGCUACGUUUUUCGUGAAAAAGUUGGGAUCACAAUGAGAAAUGCAAUGGUCAGUUCUAUUCCAUCAUAUGGUAGAGUAAAAAGUGUUACCAAUGCCUGGGACGAAACUCAACAUCGCCUUCAGUGUUGUGGGAUAUAUUCGUACAGGGAUUGGCAGAACAAUAUUCCCGACUCUUGCUGCAAAGAACCAGUUGAAGGAAAAAGGCAGAGAUGUCAAUUGAUGUUUGAACAACAAAAUUCAUUCACAUUAUACCAAAGAGGUUGCCUUAACGUUACUGUCGAUUUUGUUAAAGAUCAUGCAGCUGUCAUAGGUGGAGCGGGAAUUGGAGUUGCUUGCUUAAUGAUCGUGGGAAUGAUAUUUUCGAUAGCCCUAUUCAAAUUAAUAGAAUAGAC